UAAUAAACGCACUUUGCGUUUGGGUCGCAGCAAUAAAAUGGGCGGCCGCAAGGAUGUGCGUCGCGGCCUCGAGCCACUCGAAUUCGAGGAAUGCAUCGUCGAUAGUCCAGAGUUUCGUGACAAUUUGAAUCGGCACGAAAAGGAAUUGGAUCACACUAGUCAUCAGAUCAAGCGUAUCAUCAAGGAGGUGAAAGAUUUGAUGAGCGCGGCUAAAGAUGUUGUUGCGUGAUUUCCGCACUCUCAG